AUGGUUUCGAUAUCUGCACAAGGUGCUCGGGAAAUGUGUAAAACGAUUGAUUGGGCGAGUUGGUCCAUCAAUUGUUUUGGCCAGCGUGAACAGCAAAGGUUUUGGCAAAUGGGUGCAAUGAUGGACUCGGAGGUUUUCAAGAGAAUAUCUAACCUAGAUCCUCACAAAGGGUCGAAACCGGAUAAUGUACCACAACGUUUUUUCAAAGAGUGUAAAAGUGUACUCUCGGAAUCUUCAAGCAUUGUGUUUAAUCACUGUUUAACAUGCGGCACUGAUCUGAAACGCUGGAAUGUCUCAUCAAUAACACCAAGAUAUAAAUCAGGACCAAAACAAUGUGUAAGGAACUACAGGCCCCUAUCCAUACUGAACGUCCCUUACAAAAUAUUAGAUAGUUUAGUAGCAGAUUGUCUGAAAGCUUCUUUCAACAAUGUUUUUAUUGACGAACAGCAUGCCUUCCCGCCUUAUAGAUCCACAGUUUCAAAUCUCACAGUGUUUAGAGAAUUUGUUACAGAAACUAUGGAUAAGAAUCAUCAGGUAGAUGCGAUAUAG